AUGAGCACAACAACAGAGAAUCUGCCAUCAUCUUCAACCGAGCCAUCAUCCGAUCAACAACAAGUUUCGCUUCACUAUGAUGCUACUUUGGAUGAAGAGGAAGAACCAUUGAUGAAAACAGCUUCCAAACAACAAGUUGAUCAAUAUUUUCAAAAACACAAAAUUCCGCAAAUAAUCAAACAACGUUUGAACGAAGCCUUCAAUUUAAAUCAUCAAGAUCCUGUUGAAUACUUAUUUAGCACAAAGAGAAUGCAUCAACUAGAACUGUUACUGCAACAACAGGAAAAAGAACUUAAAGAAUUAACAAAGAAGCAUGAUGAAGAGUUGACAGCUCUCCAGCAAAGUAAAGAAGCAUCCAGAGAAGCGUUCAUAGAACAAGAAAAGCAAUAUCUAGAACAAAUUGAGCAAUUAAAAAAGGAACGAAAGGAGCUAGAAGAUAAAAUUCAACAACAUGAACAAAAAAAGAAAUUUGCUGACGAAAAUAGGAAAUAUAAUAUUGAGCUUUUGAAAGAGAGAAACGCUUCGUUGCAAAAAGAAAAUGCAACAUUGAAAGAGCAAAAUCAACAACAUGAGAAAGAGUUAAAACAAAGAGAAAAGCAAAUAAGAAAAAUCAUCAAACCAAGUCAUGUCUCUAGCGAUUCGAUAUCUUCCUUAGCCUCAGUCUCAACACCAACUUUGGAAUAA